UCAUUCCGUUGAAGGUUUAUUUCUCAUGCACACGGAAAACGGUUGACGCUAAGCUAACUGACAUUUAUUUCCUGAGCAUCGCUAGUUCCAUGGAGGAGCUCCGAUUUUAGCCCCAACUCGCAUGAUACAGGUCCCAGAAAGAUAAUUUCUUGUAGAUCCCCCUUCCGUGUGCCGUACCUGAUGACCGUAUAUGGCUUUUGCAAAUCACCAGUGUUCAUACACUCUUGGCGCGCAUGAAACGCAUCUUCAUCAGUCAACGUGCUACGAACCUGGAAACGUCGUGUUGCCGAUUGUUUCGGUAGGAAGUGACCAAUCUACUCGUCCCUGAUUUGGGAUAUAAAAUGACGAGGUUACCCCGCAAAAAUGCGCCUCCUCUACGCAGAGGGACUGCCUGUCUAGCUUGCAGAAAACGCAAAUCUAGGUGUGACGGUACUCACCCGGUGUGUCAGCAAUGCAUCAAAGCAAAUCGAGAAGACGAAUGCCAGUACGCUGGCCUGAAACGAAAAAAGCACUCGCGACAAAACGUUUCAGUUCUGGGAAGGCAUCUAUUUGAGUUAGAAACCACUAGUGCCUUUCCUUCAAAGAUCUUUCCCCUGAAACCGCAGGUUACAACGUCUACCUUGGAGUCUAUCUUCACCACACCCUCUGCCUCUUCUUCUUCAAGCUCGCUUUCAGAAUCACCCUCGUCUUCGACUCUAGAAUUCUUAUCAUAUGAUGAAACGAACACUGCGGCCUUAGAUAUCCUAGAUUCGACAAGUACGUGGACCGUGCUUUAUCUCGGGGAUUCUACAUAUUCUGGCGUGACUUACCCGAAUAACGGAGAUUCGUUGCCUCCAAAGGUAAAGACAAUACUCAUCGAGGCCUUUCUUUCCCAUCAACAUCAGUGUUAUUUCGAAGGAUGUGGCAUAGGGAUUACCGAAUCAGAGCGGCAUCCGGCGUUCAUGAAUGCCGUGUACUUCCUUGGAUGUUACUACACACGCUCCCCACACUUGGCGAAUUUGGAAACCCACUUCUUGAACUUGGCGUUACAUGGUAUUGCAUCAGCACUUGCCGGACAUGACAGGACUGUUGAUGUAGUCCGAGCAUCCUCACUUUUGGCCCUAUAUUUCUACUCUACCGGGCAAAUAGCGGAAGGAUAUCGGCAUUCUGUUUCCGCGGCACGGCUGGCGUUGUCCAUUGGGCUUCAUCGAAUUUGCUUGCCGGAUCUUUCUGGAAGAUUGCCCGACUCGAUCACACAUACUGGCAUGGAUAUCAACGACAGGGUAUCGACGUUCUGGCAAAUUUUCAUGGUUGACACUUGCUGGUCUGCGGCAACCGGAUUUCCGAGUCUACUGUCUCGUUCCAGUGACUAUAAAGUUAGAAUAGAAACGCCUCUACCUACAAAUCAAAGCAGUGCCGAUACCAAUUCACUGUUCGGCGAAAUCAUGGCGUUACCAUCAAUACCAGCUUUGAAGGUCAAAGUGGCUGCGCUGUACGAAGAGGCAGCACGCAUCUCUUCAGACAAUAAUAUUUAUGAUACGGAAUAUUGGUAUAACUUUACUUCGGUCAAGAAUGCUUUGGAGCGUAUACAAGUGUUCCUUCCCUUAGUUCGCGAUUGCUCGCCCCACAUUCCAAAAUCUGUCAUGGAUGUCGACAUUUUCUUCAUUCGCACCCUUGUCUAUGUCUCAAUGAUCAACAUUAAUCGAAUCCACAAUCCAACCGACGCCCUGCAAGCGUCGCUGGACGCCACCUCCCUCAUUUCCGACCUCAGCGAUGACGCCUACGAAUAUUUGGACCCUUUAUUUUCUGUUCUGUGGACUUCAAUUGCGAAAGCUCAUACAUGGAAUAUCCAUCACGGCGGAUCCGAGAGGUAUCCAAUUCUCCAAACAAAGUUAUCUCUACACGUCGUUGUGAGUGCCUUGAAGUCGCUGGGUCAAUAUGUUCCAUUGGCCGCAAACUGUGGUGCUCAAAUUGAAGAAGACUGCGCGUCCUCGGAUGUUUGUGAUCCUACCCGCCUCUGUGACAAACUUGUGUGGCAGCCGGCGGAUUCAACUCCAUUUGAAUGAGCGGGAACAACACACGUGGAUCGGCACGGUCACCUGUAAUUGUCGAUCGGGCCAUCGACAUCAUUUUCGACGACGACUGGUCAUAGUCCUGGUCAUUAU